GUCAUGUAAACCAUUUGACCGAAGUCUGUGUAAUUUGUAGGCGACCCGCUACCGUUGAUGUUAAAGUUCUGUCAAGUAUUAACUUAUCCAGCGAUUUGUAAACAAUUUCAACAUGGCUGAACAGGCGGGUAAAGACGUGUGCAGUAUUUGUUUAAACGAAUUUCAUCAACCUAAAGUAAUCGACUGUCAGCAUUCGUUUUGUUUGACCUGUCUAGAAGAUUACGUUAACAAAACUUCUACUAAUGGCCAGUUCCUGUGUCCACUGUGCCGUCAAGAAUUUCCGAUUCCAGCCGGUGGCGUGACUGAAUAUGAUGAACUCAAACCAAACAAUGGGGACAAUUCCAAAAUUAUUCCACAGUGUGACGUUUGUACAAAUAAUUUAUCUAUGUUUAAUUGUAAAGAUUGUGAACAGUAUUUAUGCGACUCAUGUAAAACGACGCAUGAUAAGUUAAAAGUCUGUAAAGAUCACGUGGUUGUUAGAACGGGUGACGUUCAGCAUUCACAAGUGUCACGUGAUAAAGAUUUCUGUUCCAAUCACGAAGUCAAGGAAGCGAGAUGUUACUGUGAAGAUUGCCGUGUUGCAAUUUGUUCCGAUUGUACCUUGUUCAGCCAUAAAGACCAUAAUUUUCUCGAUUUACAAGAUGUUAAGAUACAAUCCAAGGCCCGAGAAGACCUGAAAUCUCUACAGGGUGAUCUACAAUCUCAGAUUAAAGAAUUUGAAAAAUACUACGACAACUUAACUCAUAUUAUGGCAGAUAUAAACAAAUCUGCAGACGUCUCGUGCCAGAGUGUCGAGCAACGAAUCGAACAAAUAUGUCUUUGUAUCAGACGAUUGGGAGAAGAGGUCCAAGUUGAGAUCCUGAAAUUACGUGAUGAUGAGCUAAACAAAAUAUCUAAGCUCAUGGGUGAUAUGAAGUCAUUAAUAGACGAUUUAAAGACCCUGGUGAAAAAUUCUGGAGAUAUUUUAGAAGAUACCAGUCAGUCAACGGCCCAGGUUUUAAACAAAGCACAGAGUGUCGAAAAAGUGAAGAAAGAAAAUAGUUUGAAAAAUUUGAACAUGCCUGAAAUAAAAUACACGUGGUUAGAAGAAACCGUCAUUGAUGAAGAUGUUCUUAAAAAACAACUAGGAAUAUUGGAGAAUUUAACAGGACCAACUUUCAUAACCCAGUUUAACUUCCAGACAGUACAAGAUGAAGUUAAAGGGGUUGAUUAUAUUAUUAUGGGUCAACCGUGGAAAGUAGCCGUUCAAAAGGGGCGUUUUAACGAUAAACCAUCGUUAGGUGUUUAUUUGUAUUGGGCUAAAGUAGAAAAUACAAACUGUACAGUUAAUUGCAAACUGACCCUGGUUAAUAAAAACAACCUCAGAUCAGAAACACGGGAUUUUGACUACACCAUCACACCCAAGACAACUACAACAGGACGUGGUACACGUGCCAUGGCAUACUGGACGGAAUUGGCAAACAAACAAAAUGGAUUCCUUGACAAAGACGAUAAUUUCAUUAUAAAAGCUACUGUUAAAGUUAAGAAAAUUGAAAUUUCUAAACUUAACACUUGAUACCAUAUGGAAACAGAUUAUUAAAACUCGAUGAUAUAUUAUUGAUGUAUUUUAUGUGUUUAUCCUGAAUCAUCGGGAAUUUUAAACAUACAUUAUGCAAGAGCUAAAUUUGCCAAUUGCAGGUAGGUCUUUCUUUGGGCCUGAAAUGUUAUCUGAAUUAUUAAUUAGACAUUAAUUAACUUAUCCAGACCAUAAUCAAGUCUCGAUGCCAACGCUAGCCUGGGCUAUUUAUUGGAUUAAGAUCCGAUUUGCUGCUCAACUUUCAUUCAUGAUUUAAUCAUGAAAUGGAUAAUCGAGACUAUGUUUUUUUUUAUCGUACCGACUUUAGUAAUGAUGAUCGAGGCUAGGCCGAAAAUUCAAUCGCUAAAAUCUCGGUUCAGAGUAGAUCAAUUUGACUGAAAUUUUCAGCAAAUACCCUUUACAUUAUCUAGUUUUUAACUAAUGAGAACUACCAGCUCUUUAUCUAAUCUCCCAUAAUGUAUCUUUUAUCAAACGUGUAACAGGAUUAUAAUAAAUAACAUAACAGAAUACACUUCAUACAAUGUGCCUGGUGAGAUCAAUUUAAUAUUUCAAAUUUUAUUUUAAUAGUUUUUAAUCUAAUAUUUUUUUUAUGUAAUUUUUUUUUUAUUUUAAAUUUAAUAUUUC